AUGUCCAGUCAACCUCUCCUUCAGUCUGCCCCAGGCAAGCGAAUCGCCCUUCCCACCCGCGUCGAACCCAAAGUCUUUUUCGCCAACGAACGAACAUUCCUCUCAUGGCUGAACUUCACCAUUAUUCUCGGCGGCCUGGCGCUGGGCCUGCUUAAUUUCGGGGAUCGCGUUGGCCAGAUCAGUGCUGCUUGUUUUACUUUUGUGGCCAUGGCUGCCAUGAUAUAUGCGCUAGUGACAUUCCACUGGCGUGCGACGAGCAUUCGCAAAAGGGGCCAGAGCGGGUUCGACGAUCGCUUUGGCCCUACGGUCUUGACGGUGGCAUUGUUUGCGGCGGUCAUCGUGAAUUUUACGCUGAGGAUGAAGGAAGGUGCAUCCUGA